UUUAUUGCAAUUAAAACAGAUUUUUACUGAAGCUUGGGUGAUUUGAAACAUUUUCAACAAAGAGGUCAAAUUAGUUAAUAUCCACGGCGCGCCACAGAAAGGUCAAUGAAAUAUUAAAAAAAAAAAAAUCAACUUUGAAAAUGGUGAACUUGGUUCUAUUAUUUUAAAUAAAAAUUUAAUAUCUUUCUUUUUGUGAGGUAGAGUGUGUAUUUGCUUUUAACAAAAUGUAAAAAAUUAAUUAAGUGUACAUACUACGUAUAUUGAAUUUAAAUUUACAAGUUCAAAGAAAGUAAUAUUACAAAAGCCCUUUGAUGUUUUUUCAAGGUAAAUAACAAUACAGAAGAUGCUUUAUGAAAGAACAAACUCAAGUCAAGUUAUUCAACGUUUUAUAGAACCAAUUGAAAUGACAAUGGAUUCAUUUGAUAUCUUUAAUAUCCUUUCUAUAAUUGGAAUGAUUUUAACCUGUGCAGUUUAUUAUUGGAUAUUUCACAUUCCAAUCGAUUGGAAGAGGCGCCUCGAAGAUGUCAGUUAUGAUCUCGCACUUGGUCGCGAUCGAAAUAUGAAAGCCAAACAGAAACGAGACACUAUCAAUCGUAUGCGACGUCUACGAAAGAUUGGCAUUAACGACCUCCCUCCACCCUAUCCGAAUGGCUGGUAUUGCAUUGCUGAAUCGCCGGCAGUGAAAAAAGAAGAAGCCAUUAGCGUGGCAUGUUUGGGUGAACAAUUUGUUGUUUUUCGUACCGCAACAAACGAAGUCCACGUUCUCGAUGCGUAUUGUCCACAUUUAGGGGCAAAUCUUGGCAUUGGAGGGAAAGUAAUAGGUGAUAGCAUUGAAUGUCCUUUUCAUCAAUGGGCAUUCCGUGGUACUGAUGGCAAAUGUGUUAAUGUCCCAUAUAGUUCUUGUGGUGCUCCAGCAGCAUCUAAAGUUCGUCGUUGGAUUUCGAAAGAAAUGCAUGAAAUGAUAUUUAUUUGGUAUCACAUCGAUAGUGAAGAACCAUGGGAAUUGCCUGAAAUUGAACAAGUCGAGAACAAAGAAUAUGUUUAUCAAGGAAGGAAUGAAUUUAUAGUCAGUUGUCAUAUUCAAGAGAUUCCAGAGAAUGGUGCCGAUUUGGCACAUUUCACUGCCAUACACAAUCCAAGUGUUUUGGCUGGAAGUAGUCCAAAGGAUAAUCCUUUGGCUGUACUUGGAACACAUCGAUGGGAUGCAACUUGGAAAGGAUCAAAAACCGAAAGCAAGCAUAUUUCCACUCUCUCUCUCAAUCAUCUCUUGGAAAUCUACCCAAAGGUUCAAUUUUGUCAAGUGGAUGUUGUUGGAGUUCAGAUCGGACCCGCCUAUGUUCAACUUCAUAUGAAAAGCAUCUUUGGUAAAUUUGUAGCCGUUCAGACAGUUACGCCACUCGAGCCACUUGUCCAGAAGGUCAUCCAUCGGUUCUAUGGUCCAAGGCUAAUGUCACCAUUUAUGAAAUUCAUUGUGAUAGCAGAGAGUAUCAUGGUUGAACGAGAUAUAAACAUGUGGAACCACAAGACAUAUCGCAGCAAGCCACACUUGGUGAAGGAAGAUCAUUCAAUAAAAUCAUUCCGCAAUUGGUAUAGUCAAUUUUACUCGGAUAAUAGUAAAUCCUUUGCCCAUGCUCAGGAGAAUUUAGAUUGGUGAAAGACAAACAAGAAGAGUUCAAACUCUUCUUCCACAUAAUUUCCUUAAAAAAUUCAAGCUUAUUUUUGUUUAGACUGUUAGUUGGUAGUUAGUUUUUAAGACCAAGGUAUU